ACACUAUUUUUUUUCGACGUAAAGAUCAUGAAGAGAAUCAGAGGGUUCCAGCUCGGACGCAAGCUAGUGAAGGUUUGCAAAUGGAUAAUACGACCUACAAGAAGAAGAAGAAACUUCAGGAUUAGUUUCUUGGGACAUACGACCCGAAGCCACAACCCUUUAACAAGAAUCUGCUCUUUUGCGACGUUUAUUCGACGGGGAAUCAAGGGGCUGUGUGAUUCGAACUCGGAUCCGGGUUACAUUCAAUUGGGUGGAAAAGGAGCGAAGCGGGUUGGAGUGCCGAAAGGGCAGCUUGCUGUGUACGUCGGCGAAUCAGAAGGUAACACGAAGAGGAUGUUAGUGCCUGUCAUUUAUUUCAACCACCCGCUAUUUGGUGAGCUGUUGAAGGAAGCGGAGCGGGUUUACGGGUUCAAUCAAUCGGGUGGGAUCACGUUACCUUGCAGUAUUUCUGAGUUUGAAAAGGUGAAAAUGAAAAUUGCCGACUGGGAUCAUUGCCAACGGAAACAACACCGUCGUUAUUUUUUGGCGGAUUAAAAAAAUUUUAGCUAUUUUUCUGUAAAUAUAGAAGGCUGCCGCCGUGCCGAUGUUAUGGUUUUUUUGGGUAAAUU